AAUCGUCAUAAAUAUGAGUCAGUUGCCAGGUGUCCAGACAUUGAUCACAUGAACAUGAGGAUUUUGCAACAUUGAACUGAACUAUUGUAAGUCGAGUACUACCUGUACUAAAGGUCAUACCUGAGAGCACCUGAGAUGUGUACCUCUUGUCUUGAAUCAGCUGAUAGCACAACAGGAACAGAUUCUUCAUAGUAUCAAAUAGAUAAACAAAUUUUUGGGUAAUGAAAUGACUGCAAGAAAACAACCAAUUUCAGAGAGCAGUAAGGACCCCUCAUUAAAAUCCCAAGUUACAGAUAUUUUCCUUUAUUAGAUUACAAAAUGUCCUUCAAAGAGCCGUCUGUUUCUUUUUUGCGUGAGAAAUUUGAUUCAUUUCCAUUUCUUUUUGUUACAUCUUUGAUUUCAUGUGUUCUUUUGAUCACAGGAAAAUUUAUUGGAAAUUUGGAAAAUAUUACAUUCACUGAAGACUUUCUUGGAAGCAAAGAGCAUGGUGGAUUUCUGUUCGUUACACCCACAUUUCAGAAGUUAGAUGAUCUCAUGCUAUCUUCAAAUCCCCUUUUAUGUGGCAUUCUUAUUCAUAAACAGGAAGUACCUUGGGCAAAAGUUUUUCCUAUUCGCCUUAUGUUGAGAUUAGGAGCUGAAUAUGGGGUCUAUCCAACUCCAUUGACAAGUAUCAGACAUAGAAAGCCACUGUUUGGAAAAAUAGGCCAUACAGUCAUGGAUUUACUUGUUGACCUUAGAAAUUAUCAAUAUACAUUACAUACAAUAGAUAAUUUAUUUAUCCAUAUGGAAAUGGGUAGAAGUUACAUUAAAAUACCUCUGAGGAAAUAUAAUGAUGUAAUGAAAGUAAUAAACACUUCUAAUGAACAUGUUAUUAGCAUUGGGGCAAGUUUUAAUUAUCAAGCUGAUUCCCACUUAGUUUGUGUACAAAACGAGGAUGGAAUAUAUCAAACACAAGCGAACAGUGCCACUGGAGAUCCUAGGAAAAGUAAGUAUCAUUCUGUACAAUAUUGAGCUCAUGUUUUGGCUGGGACUUUAACCAAGCAUGUCUAAAGACAGUUCUCCGUAAGUUUGUGCAGUAUGUGCAGUUCCCCACCAGAGGGAAGAACACUUUAGACUGUAUGUACUUUAACUUGAAACAGGCUUACAGAGCAAUUCUCCUCCCUCACCUGGGUACAUAACCCAAAUAGUCAUGGAUUCUGACCAUCUUUCUCUGCUGUUAUGCCCGAAGUAUAGUAUAGUCUUUAUUGUCAUUGUACAAAAUAAUUAACAACGAAAUUGGUUUUAGCCUCACUGGUGAAAAAUUAUAGCAGAAGGAAAAAAGAAAAAGAAAGAAAAAGACCCUAGUCAUACGUUUCCAUGUGUGCAAGAAGUGAUUGUGGUUGUGUUUAAGAGUCUGACAGCCCAAGGAUGUCCCUCUAAGGAAAAGAACCCAGCUAGUCUGGCCAGAGGGCGCUCUCAGUCAGCCGCAGGACUGUUUUGAAACCACUGAGUGGAACAUAUUCAAACAUCCAGAACUACAUGAAUACACCAAUGCCAUACUCUCUUACAUCAAAGUGUGCACAAACAACAUAACAGUCAACAAGUGCAUCAGAAUCUACGGGAAUUGUAAACCCUGGAUGACUGCAGAGGUACAGAUGCUUCUGAGAGCCCAGCAUUCCGCCUUUAAGGCAAGGGACAGUGACAAAUACAAAGAGGCCAGGGCAAAUCUAUGAAGAGGCAUUAAGAUGGCAAAACAAAAGUAUAAACAAAAUGUGGAGAACAAAAUCUAGCAGACAACAACCCAAAGCAAGUGUGGCAGGGACUGCCGCACCUAACCAACUAUAAGGGCAACAUGAGGAAGACAGUCAACUCUGAUGCCUCAUUGGUAGAGCAGUUGAAUAUCUUUUUCGUCUGCUACGAGGUGAAAAGAUCUGACCCCUGCCCGCCGGCCCUCUAACUCCCAGCUACUCACCUUGUAUGAACACCAAGUGAGAACUACAUUGAAGGCUGUGAACCCCAGCAAAGCUGCAGGUCCAUAUGGGGUGCUGGGGAUAGUAGUAAAGACUUGUGUCAACCAAUUAGCAGAGGUCCUGACAAGGAUCUUUAACAUCUCCUUGCAAAUGGCCAGUGUUCCAUCAUGCUUGAAAGUAGCCACUAUCAUCCCAAAGCCGAAAAAAACAGCAAUUAACUGCUUGAAUGACUACAGACCUUUUGCAUUAAAGUUUGUAGUGAUGAAGUGCUUCAAGAGAUUGGUUCUUCAACACCUUAGAUCAUGCCUCCCACCAAAUUUUGACCAAUACCAGUUUGCCUACAGGAGGAAUAGGUUGACAGACAAUGCCAUAGCUUCUGCUUUACAUU